AUGGCUAUCUCUCUUCGAUUGUCCUACUCGAAAGAAGCAAAUUAUGUUAGAAUGGUGUUCAAUAUGGAAUAUUUUGGCCUAAAGAUAGUUACGGAUAACGAUGAAGAAAGAUGGCUAAGUAAAGAAGCAAAUGUAAAGGAACAAUUACAAUCGAUAGAAUCUGAUUCCAGCCCUAUCAUUAAAUUUGGCCUCCAAUACUAUGCUAUUGAUAUCAAUAGUAUUACAAGUGAAAUUACAAAGUACUAUAUGUACUUACAAUUAAAGGAAGAUAUCCUUGAACAAAAGAUACUUUGUGAUAGGGAUCAGAUUUCGCAAUUAGCAGUUUAUAUUUUACAAGCUGAAAUGGGGAACAUUAAAUCACCUGAAGCAGCUACAAAACAUCUAUUGCAGUAUAAUAUUUUACCUUCGAUUUAUCUUAGAGCAGAAAACUUUCCAACCAUCGUCGAAGAGAUAAUCGAUGCCUACACUAAUUGCAGAGGGAAAUCUCAGGCCUGGGCAGAAGAACAAUUUAUUAAUAUUGCACAACGAUCACAAGGCUAUGGUUAUGAAUAUUUUAAGGAGUCGCGCAUGAAUGGCUACAUAAGCGUCCACUUUCAAGGUAUUACCAUCAAAAGGGACAACGUGCCUCCUGUUUUUUUCAGUUGGGAAGAAGUCAGCUGUUUCGAAUCGAGCGCCAAUGUAUUCACUAUUUUUAGCCAAAGUAGAAAUAUUAAUGCAUCAUGUGAAAUGCCUAAUUGUACUGAAGCGGAAUAUGUCCUGAGGCGAUGUCAGAGUUUUCAGAAAUUUCAAAUGAACGUUAAAGUGAAGAAGCGAGAUAGACUAUUAUCAAAUGCUAGAGCAAAAGAUAAACGUAAAUCCACGUUAACCCUUGCCUCUACCGACGAAAUGAAACAACGCGAAGAAGCAUUACGAAAAUUUAAACAAAUGAAGUUAAGAGAUCGCCCAAUAGAACCUAUUCCUCCAAGAAUUAAAGAUAAGAAGCCUCCAGCACUUCCUCCGAGAGAUAAAAGCGCCGCACCACCCCCUCUUCCCCCUAGGAGGCCUGCCGGACAGUUGCCUAAUCGUGCUUAUAGUGCCUCAGAAGGAACUAGGAAGGACCAUUCUGCCCCACCAAAAUUGCCACCAAGGGUCAACUUAGAUAGACAUCGCCAUGCUAUAGAGAACAAUACCUCCGCCGAUAACGACUAUGAAGAGGAAAACCAAUUUAGAUCAAGGUACAACUCGGCACCUCCUGCGGUGGUACGUCCACCAAAACCCUUGCCAACUUCAGGAACGGAUCAAGAUUACAUCACAUCACCUAUUUAUCAAAUUAAUGAUCCUGUUUCUUCACCGUCAAUGAGGCGGUAUAGAAGUAAAAUCUUUGUCAAGUCUGCAAGCAGAGAAGAACAGUUGGAAAGUCUAGAAACAGCUUUAGAAACUGAUAGUGUAGAUCAGGAAUAUCAUGAUAUUGAAAUGAGACCUGAUGGCGUAGUAAUUGCAUCAAGGCUACCCGAAAAUUUGCCUAGAAAUCGUUUUAAUGAUGUCCACUGUUAUGAUGAAACAAGAGUUGUUCUAAAUCCUCGUAAUAAUAUGGAAAGCAACGACUACGUCAAUGCUAGCUAUGUAACGAUGGAAGUCGGUGAUAAAGUAUUACGCUAUAUCGCUGCACAAGCUCCUUUACAAAAUACUGUAGAAGAUUUCUGGCAGAUGAUUUGGGAACAGCAGGUUGCUUUAAUAGUAAUGGUUACAGCAGAGCAAGAAAAUUCCACGAAUAAAUGCUUUACAUAUUGGCCUGAUAUGGCUAUCGGAUCUACCGAAUAUUUUGAGCCGUACUCUGUUUCAAGCAAGACCUUCCACGCAGCAUCGGCGUAUGUCAUUAGAACUUUUGCUGUUGAAAAUACAGCUAUUGGACAGUCUAGAAUUAUUUACCACAUUCAGUUUGUUGGAUGGCCAGAUCAUGGGGUUCCGGACCAUGUAGACAAAUUUCUAGAAUUUUAUAAUAAGAUGAACGCGAUACGUAAUCGCAUAUACCAAGCUACUGAUCAGUUUGAACCUCCUACGUUAGUACACUGUUCAGCUGGCGUAGGAAGGACUGGCGUGGUAAUGUUAGCAGAUCUAAUGAUUGCUUAUAUUAAAAAUCAAUGGGAGUUAAAUAUACCGGCUGUGUUAGCAAAGAUGCGAAAACAGAGAAUGUAUUUAGUCCAGACAUAUCAGCAAUACGAAUUUGUUUAUUUAUCUCUAAUACAGUACAUUAAAAGAUAUGAUACCAGAAAGAGUCUACGAAAAGAUACAUUUGAUGAAGAUAUGGACAUGAUGAUAUAA